GGUCCUGAAAUGUAAAUUGACUUACAAAAAGUACUUAAAUGUAAUUUUAUCACGAACCGCUAGUAAUUAACGUCACUCCUUAAACCUAACAAAAUGAAAGCUUUUCCUUUUCUUUGUCCAGCAACUCUGUUUCUUCUUCUAGUUAAAGCUUUGAACUAGUAUUCAGGAACUGACAAGUUCCUUUUCUGUUUCAAUCUGGACUACCAAUCAUUCAUCAUAUGGCCAUCUGCUUUUGUUACCAAUUUCACAGGUCUGGUGCUUAUUCAAAAGCAAGAGAAUCACUUGACAAGUAUUUAAAUUUUAGCCGAAAUUAAGGAUUUGUUCUUGAUAGAAGAAGAUGGGGUUCGCAGUUACCCCUCAGAACUCUCCAGUUGAGAUUGGCCAUUUUCAUGGUUUGCAGUGGGGUCUGAAACAUCCUGGCUCAGGUUGUAGCUCCCCAAAGUGCUCAAUAGUAAAGAUAUCUACUUCUCAUUCAACUUGUUUGAUCAAAUGUAGUCGUAGAAGCCACCCUUGUUUGUCAUGGAUGGUAGAUAAUGGGUCAGAAAUACGGGUGGUGUCUUUAGAGUGCAGAGGACUGCAGAGAAGUGUUUGUAUUAACAGAGAUGAAUUUGAUCAAGAAGAAUGGAGGAGUUCAGAGGAUCAGAACAUGUGUGUUAAGAGAAAAUUCAAAGCGCAAACACAUUCAAAAAAGCUUUCAAAUUCUUUGAUGUCAGCUUUAGAUGGAUGUUUUGUUACAAAUGAUGAGAAAACCAACAAUGAUAUUCUUCAAAAGUUCUGCAGCAAUAGAAAACUGGGGGAUGCAUUACGGUUGAUAGAAAUUAUGGCACGUCAGAAUCAAAUUCCUCAUUUCACUUCUUGCAUACACUUAAUAAGAGGCUUUGUAAAAGCAGAUAAACUUGAUAAAGCUGAUAAAGUUCUUCAGGUUAUGAUAAUGUCUGGUGGGAUUCCUGACAAUAUUACAUAUAACUUGAUGGUUCGUGCUCUUUGUAAGAGAGGAAGGAUAAGAUCUGCUAUUGCCCUUUUGGAAGACAUGAGCUUGAGUGGUUGCCCUCCGGAUGUGAUUACGUACAAUACAAUAAUACGCUGCAUGUUUGAUAAUGGGAUUGUUGAUGAGGCUGUUGGGUUCUGGAAGGAUCAACUGAGAAAGGGAUGCCCCCCAUAUCUAAUCACUAAUACAAUUCUCAUUGAGCUAGUCUGCAAGCAUUAUGGAACUGUGCGGGCAAUAGAAGUAUUACAUGAUAUGGCCAUUGAAGGUUGUUGUCCUGACAUUGUUACCUACAAUUCGCUGGUUAAUUUAACUUGUAAAUGGGGGAAAUAUGAGGAUGCUGCUUUAGUCCUUUAUAAUAUUAUAUCUCAUGGCAUGGAGCCCAAUGCUAUAACAUACAACACCCUUAUCCAUUCUCUUAGUAAUCAUGGGUGUUGGGAUGAAGUUGAUGAGAUACUUGCAAUCAUGAAGGAAACUUCACAUGCUCCAACUGUGGUUACUUACAACAUGUUGAUCAAUGGUUUGUGUAAAUAUGGUCUUUUGGACCGUGCCAUCAACUUUUUUGAUGAAAUGGUUUAUCAAAAUUGUUCUCCAGACAUUGUUACGUAUAAUACUCUACUUGGUGCUCUUUCUAAAGAAGGAAUGGUGGAAGAGGUUCUUCAAUUAUUUCAAAUUUUAAGUGGGAGCAGCUGCUCCCCUUGUUUGAUAACUUACAAUACUGUGAUAGAUGGAUUGACUAGAAGUGGUGAUAUGGAGAAAGCAAUGGGAUUAUAUAAUCAGAUGUUAGAAGAUGGUAUCAGUCCUGAUGACAUAACUCAUCGUUGUUUAGUUUGGGGAUUUUGCCGGGCAGGACAAGUUGAGGGAGCUGUAGAGAUACUAAGGGUGAUGGCAGAGAGGAAGCACAGGGUUGGAAAUAGUGGUUAUAAAAUGGUGAUCUGUGGGUUGUGUAAAAAUGAGAAGGUAGACUUGGCAAUACAAGUUCUAGAAAUGAUGGUCUCAAAUAGGAGUAAACCAGAUGAGACAACUUAUUUGACUAUUAUCAAAGGUAUAGCUGAUGCUGGAAUGAAAGAAGAAGCUAACAAGUUGCAUCAAAAGUUGAUGGAAUGGAAGGUUUUCAGACGCGGUUGAGUUAAAGACUUUGUGCACAAGAAUAAAUUCUGUGGAUCUUAAUAGCCAAUAUUUUGGUCUGAGAGUUUUUCCAAUGCACUUCUGUUUAAACUUUUUUCAGUUUCAAAGCUGGUCGCUUACAUAAUCUCCUAAUAGCAUGUGGUCAUUGUGGUUGGUUGUUUACCCCAAUGAAUUAGGACAAUCAUUUAUCUUUACUUGGCUUUGAGCAUUUGCUUCAUCUAUUUAACUUUUUGUCAUCUUUUGGUAGACUGUUACCUUGGUGGUUAGAUAUGUUUCUUCUAAGAGCCUGAAUGGAAAUAUACUUACUUUUACUUCAUUUGACUUUUUCACAUUUAUCUUCAAUUUUUACCCAAAUUAAUCUAAAAAGGGUGCCU